GUUGAGCUUAGCCUUGCGGCGCUUCUGUUGGGCAGUUGUACGUGGCCGGCGCUGAGGCCGCCAGGGAAGUAGCAUUUAGUGGGACAAGUGAGGGGCGGCCUGGGUUUAGCGGUGGGAGUCCAACCGAAAGGAGGAGAGAAUAUCUGAGAGGGGGGACAGCGCCUGCAAGCACAGCUUCCAUCCCGUUCGCCACGCCCCAGCGCCCCGGGAGCUUGCCUUUUUUUCUUCAGGACCAGGCCAUGGAGAGCCAAGUCCGGCAGCUUCGACAAGCUUUCCGGUCCGGCCGGUCGCGAUCCCUGCGGUUCCGGCUGCAGCAGCUUGAGGCCCUGCGAAGGAUGGUGCAGGAGCGCGAGAAGGACAUCCUGUCUGCCAUCGCCGCCGACCUGUGCAAGAGUGAAUUCAAUUCAUACAAUCAAGAAGUCAUUACUGUCCUUGGGGAAAUAGAUCUUAUGCUGGGGAAUCUUCAUGAAUGGGUUACUGCUAAACCAGUUAAGAAGAACCUGCUCACUAUGAUGGAUGAGGCCUAUGUUCAACCAGAGCCUCUGGGAGUCAUACUGAUUAUUGGAGCUUGGAACUACCCCUUUGUACUCACUAUGCAACCACUGGUGGGAGCCAUUGCUGCAGGAAAUGCUGUGAUUAUCAAGCCUUCUGAACUAAGUGAAAAUACAGCCAAGAUCUUGGCUAAGCUCCUCCCUCAGUAUUUAGAUCAGGACCUAUAUGCUGUUGUUAAUGGUGGAGUUGAGGAAACCACAGAGCUUCUGAAGCAGCGAUUUGAUCACAUUCUCUAUACGGGAAACUCUGCAGUUGGAAAAAUUGUCAUGGAAGCUGCUGCCAAGUAUCUGACCCCAGUGACACUUGAACUGGGAGGGAAGAGUCCAUGUUACAUUGAUAAAGAUUGUGACCUGGACGUUGUCUGCAGACGCAUAACCUGGGGAAAAUACAUGAAUUGUGGCCAAACCUGCAUUGCUCCUGACUACAUUCUCUGUGAAGCUUCCCUCCAGAAUCAAAUAGUGCAGAAGAUAAAGGAAACUGUGAAG